UUUCAUCAGCUGUGGAUCAGAUGCACAUCGCUGACCAGGAUUUGUGAUGAAAGAUUUCUGGGCAACCAAAGAAAUUGACUGACGAGUGGAGACUGAUCGAGUUUGAGUCGUCGCAGACUCGUUCGAUUGCAUAUCCGUAAUGGACGUGGUGGAAGACACGCUCCAAUUGGAUCCUCAAAUCACCAUCUUCACUUCGUCAAUUGAGGUUAAUUUGAUCAAGCCCUAAAUUGAUUUCCGAUUAAGGGUUUCCCUGGAGGUCUGGAAUUGGGGAUUAUUUGUUGGGGAUUUAAGUAAUCUGUAUCAAAAUUUGUUGUUUAUAUUAUGCAAUUUCGAUUUGGGGGAAGCUGAGAGAUGAAUUUCAGGAGCUUGGAGGAGUUUUGGCCAUUUUACAUGAAUCAUCAUUCGAAAGCAGGUACAAGGCGUUGGCAUUUUGCAGGAACACUGUGCAGUAUAUUGUGGUUUGUGUACUCAGUGGUGUUCAACUGGUGGUGUAUGAUAUUUGUGCCAUUGUUUGGGUAUGGAUUGGCUUGGUAUAGUCAUUUCUUUGUCGAAGGGAAUGUCCCGACGACGUUUGGGCAUCCGGUUUGGUCGUUAAUAUGUAAUUUCAAAAUGUUUGGAUUGAUGGUUACUGGCCAAAUGGAUAGGGAGAUCAAGAGGCUUGGUAAGAGGCCGGUGUUGCAGGCAUAUUAGUUGUUUGUUUUGUAGCAUUGUUUUUUCGAUCUUUUUGUGCAGACAAAGUUGUAAUGAUAUGUGUAAGAACUUUUCGAUUUUAGUAUUGUUUUGUUUUUUUCAGUUUUGUGUACACUUUGUUUUGGCUUUAAUGUUUGUGUUUAAUUUUGUUGAUUCAA